AUGAGAAAAACUUGGCUACAGUGUGUAAGUAAAGAUUCCUGUAAGGAUGUAAUAGCUCGGAUGAGAAAAACUUGGCUACAGUGUGUAAGUAAAGAUUCCUGUAAGGAUGUAAUAGCCCGGAUGAGAAAAACUUGGCUACAGUGUGUAAGUAAAGAUUCCUGUAAGGAUGUAAUAGCUCGGAUGAGAAAAACUUGGCUACAGUGUAUAAGUAAAGAUUCCUGUAAGCGUGUACUAGCUCGGAUGAGAAAAACUUGGCUACAGUGUAUAAGUAAAGAUUCCUGUAAGCGUGUACUAGCUCGGAUGAGAAUAACUUGGCUACAGUGUAUAAGUAAAGAUUCCUGUAAGCGUGUACUAGCUCGGAUGAGAAAAACUUGGCUACAGUGUGUAAGUAAAGAUUCCUGUAAGCGUGUACUAGCUCGGAUGAGAUUCCUGAUUAACGCUGGUUGCGCCAAAGUAUAUUUUCAGUUUGAUGAAUCUGUAACGAAUAGAGAUAGGGAAAAAAGGAAAGUUUUUAACUUCUCCAAACAUCUGAGCGUCAGGGAGUUGUAG